AUGACGUAUCAAAAUGAACAGUGAAAAGUUAGCUGACGACUUGUGAAAGAAAAUAUUACACAAGUUAUUAAGUCGGAGAUCGGAAAAUUAUUUGUUCGAGAAUUUUAUCCCUCAUAAAAACUAAAUUUGUUAUUAAACUUCGCUAUUAAAUUAUUUGUUGCUAUAGAAAAAAAGUGUUUUGUUUCAGUGAAGGUAGAGAGAAGAAUCGUGAGAGUAAAACUAGAGCCACUCAAAGGAAAAUGCCUCCGGCCAACAACAACAACAACAACGACGACUUACCUCCGCCCAAAGCGGACUUUAGUGCCCCUCCACCAUAUGAGGCCACCGAUAACAAUGCCCAUCAACAGUACGUACAACAGCCUCAGGAAAUAUCAACCAAGCUGCCGACGUACGAGGAGGUACAGAUGGAAAAGAUGAUCAACCAUGAACUACCGAUUCCGCCGGGUAUGGGACAAAUGCCACCUCCGCCUCCAAGCAUUACGGGACUUCCGCUGGGACCAACGGGACGUUCCGCAGGAGGUGUCGGUGGAGGACCAGCUGUUACUUUUAUAGCUAUUGACGCGGAUGGAGAAAACAUCAAUGCCGAUAACAGUCUUCUUGGAACGGACAUUGUGUUUGUGACGGCAUUUCUGGUUGCAUUUUUAUUUAACUGGAUUGGUUUCCUAAUGUUGACAUGCUUCUGUCACACUAUCGCUGCUCGGUAUGGAGCGCUGUCCGGUUUCGGUCUAUCCCUGGCCAAGUGGACUCUCAUCGUCAAACACUCGACAGACUUUGCAUCACACGAAAACUCCUGGCUUUGGUGGCUUAUAAUGGCAUUCGGCUUCUUGAUUUGUGUCCGGGCUCUGGUUCAGUAUAUUAGCAUCAAGCGAACCUGGCGUUUGCUGUCAUCAUCUGCUCAAGAACGGCUGCUGUUCUUCUACUGAGUAUCGUGUAUCGCUUAGAAUAAACAGAAGUUCGGAGACCGCACGCAUUGUCAGCGCAUUAACUCCUAACAAACAUCACAGGAUAGGACGAAAGCCGUUCAAUCGAUCGAAGUGUUUCUAGUUCGAAGUCAAUAUAUUUGAUUUGAUUCAAAUUCUACUGGGAAGCGUUAGGGGCGAACGCUUUUGGAAAGGUUUUGUGAUACAACAAUCGAACAUUACAACUUUGCCUAUCAACUAACGUAUCCUAAGCGGUGAAUUGACACGUAUGCCUAUUUCUUAAGAUACGUUAGUUGAGUAUAACCGAUUUCAUAUAGCAGUCAUAGUUUAGUUCACUUGAAACAUUCCCUUUUAAUUUGAUAAUUCUCUACCAGUCAUCAUAUUUGUAUUAUUUCCUACGUCAAGGCAAGUUUAAAAUCAUCUCUUAUACUGUUAGUUCGAAAGCCGAUAAUCAGUAGGUGUGAAUUAGGGAUUGUAGUGCUAAUACGUCUGUUGAGAACUGUCAACACUCAAAUUCGUGCAAUCGAUGUUCUGAGUUUUAUCUCCAGCUUCAACCUUGUUUAGCCUGUAGUUAAUUCUUUUGGUGAAAUUACUUAUGUUUAAAUUCGUUGAAUUUACUGCAUCUGAACAGUGGUUAGUUUUUGUUAAUAAAUUGUUUUUUUACGUUCACGUAUUUAAAAUCGGCAAAAAAAUUCAACACAACAUUCAAAUAUAGAGCAUAUUUUUGUACUUGUAAAUAGGCUUCAUUGUGUAAAAUUCUACUUAACACAUAAAACAAUGUCUAUCAAAAGUCAAACUUGAUAUGUGAAUAAGGUAAACUUUAUCUAAAUAUAUUGAAAACAAUAAAA